AUGAAUUCUACGAACGGAACUUCGACACCUAGCAGCAGAUCUGACUUCGAGGUGCUCGAUUUGCGCAGACCGCACUCUGGCCAAUCAAACACAGAAGAUGUAGCCAUUGUCGGCUUAUCAUGUCGUACUGCCGGCGGUAACAACACGCCCGAAAAGCUGUGGGAUUUCCUUCUGCAGAAGAAGGACGCAUCGGGCGAGGUCCCUGUGCAGCGAUGGGAGCCCUGGCGGCAACGAGACCCACGAAACGCUAAGAUUCUUGACAACAUUAUCCGCAAAGGAUACUUCCUGGACAAUCUUGAGGACUUCGACGCAGCCUUCUUUGGCAUCUCGCCAAAGGAAGCUGAGCUCAUGGAUCCACACCAGCGCCUUAGCUUGGAACUUGCAUGGGAAGCUUUAGAGAACGCUGGCAUCGACCCGAAGAAGCUCACUGGAAGCGAUACAGCUGUGUACAUGGGAGUCGAUUCUGAUGACUAUUCCCGCAUGCUGAUGGAAGACCUUCCAACCAUCGAGGCUUGGAGUGGCAUCGGUACCGCCUACCAUGGCAUUCCGAACAGGAUCUCGUACCAUCUGGACCUACGAGGUCCUAGCUCAGCAGUCGAUGCGGCAUGCGCAAGCUCACUUAUCGCCAUCCAUCUCGCACGUCAAGCUAUCGUAUCUGGGGAAAGCACUGUUGCUAUCUGCGGUGGGGUAAACGUUAUCUGCGCACCAGGUCUGACGCACAUGCUGCAAAAGGCAGGAGCAUUGACCGCGGAAGGUAUGUGCCGUUCUUUCGACGAUGCUGCGUGCGGCUAUGCACGUGGUGAGGGCGGUGCUGUCGUGGUCCUCAAGCGUCUCAGCGCUGCGAUCCAGGACAAUGACAACAUCCUUGCCGUCAUGAAGAGUUCCGCAUCCGCUCAGGAUGGCAAGACAAAUGGCAUCAUGGCGCCAAACUCGAAGGCACAAGAGCUGGUUGCCCGACAAGCGCUGUUGCGGGCUGGCGAUAUCGACCCGCACACUAUCGACUACGUCGAGGCACAUGCGACCUCAACAUCCCUCGGAGACCCUACGGAGAUCAGCGCCAUUGCUCAAGUUUAUGGCACAGGUCGCUCGUCUAGCUCACCCUGCUACGUUGGAUCCAUCAAGCCUAACGUCGGACAUCUUGAAGCUGCAGCUGGCGCUAUUGGCUUCGUUAAAGCAGUGCUUAGUGUGCAGAAGGGUGUCAUCGCUCCGCAGGCGCUACUGAAAAAGCUGAACACUAGGGUUGAUUGGGCAAACAGUGGUUUGGAGGUUGUCAGAGAGCAAAAAGUAUGGCCUGAGCGCGACGUGCGGAGGGCAGCUAUAUGUUGCUACGGCUAUGGAGGCUCGGUCUGCCAUGCUAUCCUCGAGCAGGCACCGCCCAGAUUGGACUACGAUACUGUAUCGAAGCAGAAGUCAGCCACUACGCUUGCUUUGUCAGCUAUACAGGCGAAGCGCUUGCCCGCCAUUGCAGCUUCUUUGGCACAUUGGCUAUCUGCCGAUGGCUCAUCCGAAAACCUGUACGAUAUUGCACGAACACUAUCCCUACACCGUGCUACACAUGACUAUCGAGCUUCGUUCGUGGUGUCCGAUCACGAAGAAGCUAUUAUAAGUCUAACCGAGUUCGCAAAGGGUAGACCAGACCAAUGGACUGCGAACAAUCGGGUACGCAACAUCGCAGCUGAGACCGGAGCAGUGUGGGUCUUCUCAGGCCAUGGUGCACAGUGGAAGGAUAUGGGCAAGGAGCUCUUGCAUAAUUCUGUCUUCCACUGUGCUCUCACGUCGCUAGACGACAUUUUUCAGAGAGAAGCAGACUUCUCCGUCAUCGAAGCAUUACAAACAAGCGAUUUGGGUGGUUCAGCCAGAAUUCAGGUCCUUACAUACGCUGUUCAAAUCGGUCUCACAGCGCUACUUAGGUCACAAGGUAUCUCGCCACAAGCCAUCAUUGGACAUUCUGUGGGCGAGAUCGCUGCUGCCGUUGCUGCUGGCUGCCUGACAGAGCAGGAAGGCGCAAUCAUCGUCUCCAGACGAGCGAAGCUUUACGCGCAGGUGCAAGGUCAAGGUGCAAUGGCCUUGGCCACUUUGCCGUUUGAGAAGGUUGCACAGCAGCUUAUUGGAAGGAGCGAUAUCGUGGCUGCUAUCAGGUCUUCGCCAUCGACAUGCGUGGUCAGUGGUACUACGCAAGCUGUUGAGUGGUACGUGAAGCAUCUUGAGAAUGAGGGUGUCAAGCUUUGGAGAGUCCAGACAGACAUUGGCUUUCACUCGCCGAUGCUUGAGCAGCUCGUGUCCGCUUUGCAAGAGGGCUUGGGUCAAGACAUCAACCCUCGACCCGCGGUCAUACCGAUUUAUUCAACUUCAGCUUCCAAUCCCCGGACCACAUCCCUGCGCGACAUUGAGUACUGGAUGAAAAACAUGGUAGAUCCUGUUUGGCUUGUUGAUGCAGUUGAAGCCGCUGUAGAUGAUGGUUUCCGUGUCUUCAUGGAAGUAUCCACUCAUCCCAUCGUUUCUCAUUCAAUCUCUGAGACUCUGUCCGCUCGCUCGAUCGAAGACAGUGCGCAUUUCGGCAUCAUGACCAAGGAUACUUCCGCCGAGCGCAGCAUCUUGAAGGCUAUUUCUCAGCUCUAUACGCUUGGUGCGCAAGUCGACUUCAGCGCUUUGCUAGGAGCAGGAUCGUGGUCAACCAAGGUGCCCACCACACCUUGGGUACACAAGCCGUACUGGAAGACUGUCUUUAUGGGUUCUUGUUCUGCAGGGCAGCAACAUGAUGUCGAUACACAUACUGUGCUUGGUGGUGUUGUCGAGAUCGCUGGCAGUAGGACGAAGGUGUGGACUACAACAUUGGAUGACACGACGAAACCAUACCCUUUGACGCAUCCACUGGAUGACACAGAGAUCAUUCCUGCUGCUGUCUACUGCAAUACCUUCCGGCGAGCCACAGGCGCAACCAUCCUUGACAAUCUGGAGCUUCGCGUGCCAACGCUGAUGACAACCGACAAGCGCGAGCUUCAGGUCGUCGUUGAGGGCGAUGAGAUCCGUUUGGCGUCCCGACUCGAGACGUCAGGCACUACUAAGGACGAUGAUGUGAAGCACGCGUGGAUCGAGCACAGCGCAGCUCAUUUCACGAAACCAGACAUGACACCUUAUCAACAAACCCUUUCAAUCUCAGCCAUCAGGACGAGAAUAGGUACCAAGCUUUCGAACGGCUUUGCAUGGAGCUACCUCCAGAGCAUCGGCGUGUCUGGCAUUGCAUUCCCGUGGGCUGUGCUCGAGCACUUCGGCAACGGGAAGGAGAUGCUUGUUAAGAUGGAUAUGGACCCCAACACACAGACCUUGCCGUGGGAUAUGCAAAGCUGGGCACCCUUUCUCGAUGCAGCAACUUCCGUCGGAUCAUCUAUCUUCUUCAAAAGCGUCCGCAUGCGCAUAGUCAGCGAAAUCGAUCAGGUCCUCUUUCUUUCUCAGGAGCCGCCACCCAAGGUUGGCUACUUGUUCAUCGAGAAGACUUCUGAAGCCGAGAACUUGAAGGCCGACAUCAGCGUUCUCAGCGAAGAUGGCGCACUGCUCACUAAGAUCAAUGGCAUGAGGUUUUCUGAUAUCGAGGCGGUGGGUGACAAGAGUAAAGGCAUAGAUUCGCUAGUCCACAGGUUGGCAUGGGUACCACCGACGUUCUCCGAGACGCCACUACUCAUGAGCAAUGUGGUUGUUGUGUCUAGGGAGAGUCAGAUUCUAGACAACUAUGUCAACACCUUGGAGAUCAUGAGCAAGAGAGUGGUUACAGUGCCUUCUUCUGACGAUCUCAAGGGGUCUGACGCUAUGAGCAUCUUACAAGAGGAGGACACAGUCGUCAUCUACUUGCCCGGCGCAGUCGAAUAUAUCGAAGACGUCCCCAACAAAGCGCAUGCUUUCACAUGGGAGACCGCCAGCAUCCUCUCAAUUCUUGCAGGCAUUCCUAGUGCGCCGAAGCUAUUUGUCAUCACCGACAGCGCGUACAAAGGCCACUCGCCCACCGGUCUUGCACAAUGCCCACUCCACGGUUUCGCACGAGUUGCCGCGUCUGAGUAUCCGGACGUGUGGGGCGGACUCAUCGACAAUGAAGGACCGGCAUUCCCUCUUCUACCAGUAAGAUAUGUGAAAGGGCAGAGUGUAGUACGUGUUCAAGACGGUCUUCCUCGUGUUGCGCGUCUACGACCCUUCGCAAAGGAUCAGCAACGGAGUGAUCAUAAGAAGAGUUUACUGCCACAACCACAUGGGACGUACCUGGUCACAGGAGGCUUCGGUGAUCUCGGUCUGGAAGUGCUUAAGUUUCUGGUCCAGAAAGGUGCUCGAAGAAUCGUAGUCAUAUCCCGAAGCGGUCUGCCACCUCGCAAGGACUGGCUAUCUGCCUCAGGCUCUAUGGCAGCAGUCGUCCAGAAGAUCGCUAAUCUCGAGAGCUUGGGUGCAACCAUCUACGCCCUACCACUCGACAUAGGCUCCUCAUCCACAUCCACCGAGCUAUCCGUCGCGCUCGACCGGCUGUCCCUCCCACCUGUCCUGGGUGUCGUCCACGCCGCCGGUAUCUCGGGCUACGGCUAUAUCAAAGAUAGCACGUCUACCUCGUACGUCGAUGUCAUGGGUCCCAAAGUCCAGGGCGCACUGAACCUACAUAACGUCUUCCCUUCCGGCACCCUCGACUUCUUCGUCUUCUUCUCCUCCAUCGGCCAGAUCAUCGGCACACCCGGCCAAUCCGCCUACGCAGCCUCCAACGCCUUCCUCGACGGCCUAGCAACACAGCGCCGUUCGCAAGGCUGCAAUUCUAUCGCUAUCCAGUGGACUGCUUGGCGUGCGCUGGGGCUGGCGAGUGAUACUGCACUUGUAGAUCUGGAGCUGCAUAGCAAAGGUGUGACUGAUAUCACGGUUAAGGAAGGGUUCCAGGCGUGGAUGCACCUCUCGGAUAUCGAUACUGAUCAUGCUGUUGUGACGCGCACCCGCAUUCUAGAUGCUGAUGAGACGUUGCCGUGCGAGCUUAUUGCGGACAUUGUGCAGCGGCGUGCUGCUCCUGCCGCGUCCACCAACCCUACGACCUCUGCAUUGGCAACAACAACGAAGCCGAAGUCCGGCCCUAAGCUCAAGGCGCACCUCAACGCCGAGAUCAAGGGCUGUUUAUCGCAUAUUCUUCAUUUGGAUGUCAAGGAGAUUGAUGAUCGAGCUGCGAUUGCGGAUCUAGGUAUUGAUUCGGUUAUAACCGUUGCGUUGAGACAACAGCUGCGGAAGGCGAUGGGGGUUACGGUGCCGCCGACGUUGACGUGGAACCAUCCUACUGUGGGGCAUUUGGUGGAGUGGUUUUAUGGAAAUUUAGAGGGUAAGAAGUGA